AUGGCUUCCACACUGAGCUUCUUCGACGCUGUGCGAAACCGCCGCAGCAUCUACAAGCUGGAUGGCACAUCGCCCAUCUCAGAUGGUAGGAUCGAGGAAAUUGUCCGUCAAGCGAUCCAAGACGUGCCGUCUUCCUUCAACUCGCAGUCCACCCGCAUUCUGGUGCUGCUCAAAGAGGACCAUGAGAAGUUUUGGAACAUUGUCAUGGACUGCCUCAGGGCCAUUGUUCCCAAGGAAUCAUGGCCCAAGACCGAGAAUCGCAUCUCUGGCUUCAGAGCGGCGUACGGUAGUGUUCUGUUCUACGAGGAUCCCGAGGUGAUUCUCAAGCUACAGGAACAAUACGCAAUCUAUGCCGACAGGUUCCCGCAAUGGGCGGAACACACGAGCGGCAUGCACCAGUAUGCAAUUUGGACCGCGCUGGAGGCCGAGGGCCUGGGCGUCAAUCUCCAGCACUACAACCCGCUGCCGGACCAGCGCGCGGCCGAGGUUUGGAACGUGCCCCAGGCCUGGCAACUCAAGGCCCAGCUUGUCUUUGGAAGCUAUGGGCCUGGAGUCCGCGAGAAACUGCCGGAGAAGUCACAGAAGCCUCUUGAGCAGCGCCUGUUUGUGUAUGGACGAUAG